AUGGAAAAUAAUAUUUUGGAAUCAGCAGAAAAGGACGGACUGGAAUCUAUAUUAGACUCUUGGGGAUUCAGCCACAUUUUACAAACAUUAAAAGAUGAAUCUAUAAUACUUGAACGGCUAAGAUAUUUGGAAGAGCAGGACUUGACAUACUUAUUCCGGGAACGUAGGUUAGGAGAAAAAGUGGAGUUUCGUUUCAAGCUGCAGCAAUGGAAAAUCGCAAAUGGAUAUUCUGAUGUCAAAGCCUGCGAUACAAUAUCUGUAGACACGACUUUCCUGGAAGACGUGGAAAAUUCACAAUAUUUAAACUGCAGUCAAUCAACAAGCUCUUCUUCUAAAGUUAUUUACGAUCCUAAUGGGUACCGCGGCUCUAUUAUUCAAAUCGAUUUUAGUUAUUUGCAUCCACAUUCCACAUCCAUCUUCGAUAAAUGGAAGACCUUUAAUCUCAAAAUUAUCCCACUGAUAAAAACAAUGUUGACGGAUCCGGCGCACUUGCAUCAAUUGGAAACAAUAAAAUCACGAGAAAAAGGUUCAGAACAGAUCAUUGCACUACUGCUUCAUGUUUUGCUGCGUCCAACAAUAAAACGAAAAGCAAAUACCGCAAGAAAGAUUUACCGGUCUACUAUCAAAGAUUCGCAGAUGUCUUUUAUUCUUCAUGUUGUUACGGCAAAUGAUGUUGAAAACUGCUUAAACAAGCUGAAGACUUCCCUUUAUGAUCGCGGUGAGACCUUACAACCAAUAAUUAUUGCAGUUGGCUAUAAUUUAUGUGACGCUAAUGUACUUUUUUUAUAUAAAGGUAUCAGAGAGAGAUUAUUGAAUAAUUAUAAUUUAGUUAUAAAACUGAAAACUUGUGAUUAAAACUACAUUAAAAAAGCUCGAAGAGAUUUGUAAAAGGUUCUGAUUUAACCUUUUUUUUUUA